AUGCCACGGUCCUGCUGCAGCCGCUCAGGGGCCCUGCUGCUGGCCUUGCUGCUUCAGGCCUCCGUGGAAGUGAGAGGCUGGUGCCUGGAGAGCAGCCAGUGUCAGGACCUCACCACGGAAAGCAACCUGCUGGGCGGGCCCGGAGCGCUCGCGGACGGCGGCCAGGCCGGCCCGCACGAGGGCAAGCGCUCGUACUCCAUGGAGCACUUCCGCUGGGGCAAGCCGGUGGGCAAGAAGCGGCGCCCGGUGAAGGUGUACCCCAACGUGGCCGAGGAUCAGGCCGCCGACGCCUUCCCGCUCGAGUUCAAGCGGGAGCUGGCCGGCGAGCGGCCCGAGCCCGCACGGGGCCCCGAAGACCUGGACGAGGCCGCGGCCGCCCUGGAGGACCACCUGGAGGACCGCCUGGAGGCGGUGUCGGCCGAGAAGAAGGACGACGGCCCGUACCGCAUGGAGCACUUCCGCUGGGGCAGCCCGCCCAAGGACAAGCGUUACGGCGGCUUCAUGGGCUCCGACAAAGGCCAGACGCCGCUGGUGACGCUGUUCAAAAACGCCAUCAUCAAGAACGCGCACAAGAAGGGCCAGUGA